GACAUAAGUUAAAGACAUAAAUUAAUUUCAACUAAAGUUAUUAUAUUAUAUAGGUUUUAUUUUCCAGAUGCUCCCAUUAUACCAAGUUAUGUUUGCGGAAAUCGAGGAGCAAAAUAGACGGCAUGAUAUUCUAGAACAGAAUAUAGAAAGAAGGAUAAUGCGUGAGGAAAGUGACCCAUUUUCUUUUAGCGAUAAUCAUUUCAUAUCUUUGUAUCGCUUAACUAAAGAUAUGGCUCACUAUUUAAUAGAUCAGCUAUUGCCCCAUAUGAAUAAUUCAUUACACCCCAAUGCAGUUGACCCCAGAACAAGAAUAUUUGCCGCCUUAUUUUUUUUUGCCAAUGGGUCAUAUCAACGGGUUAUUGGUCAUAGUCAUGCAGAACGUAUGGGACAAACUACCGUAAGCAAAUGUAUUAAGGAAGUUUCUGACUUGAUUGUACAUAAUCUAUCAAAUACCUGGAUUGAAUUUCCCGUCACAGCAGAAGCAAAGCUAGCAAUCAAGACAGGUUUCAUGGAGACAAGUCAAUUUCCUGGUGUAAUUGGGGCAAUAGACUGCACACAUGUAGCAAUAUUAGCUCCUCGAAUAGAGGAACAUAAUUACAUUAACCGUAAAGGAUAUCAUUCAAAGAAUAUCCAGCUGAUAUGCGACAGUAAGUUGGUCAUUUUGAAUGUAAAUCCAAGAUAUGCUGGAGCCAGUCAUGAUGCAUAUAUUUGGAGGAGGUCUGCAAUUCGACAAGAGCUACACGACUGUUAUGAAGCUGGUGACACUAAUUCCUGGUUAUUGGGGGAUUCUGGUUAUCCCUUAGAGCCUUGGCUCAUGACACCUGUCCAAAAUGCUGCAGAUGGAACUCCAGAAAGGAGAUAUAACUUUCGCCAUGCAUCGGCAAGGAAUGUUAUUGAACGAUGUAAUGGAGUUCUGAAAAAUAGAUUCCGUUGUUUAUUGGGUGAACGGAGAUUAAGAUAUGAUCCAGAAAAAGUAGGAACCAUUGCUGUAGCUUGUUGUGUUUUACACAAUAUUUGCGUCAAAGGAAGAUUGGAUGAAAAUGAUCUAAGUGAAGAUUUUCUCGAUAACCAGGUACCUGAAGAAAUUGAAAUUAGGGCAAAUGAAGAAGACUCGGGCACAAGAACCAGACAACUUUUAAUAGAAAGAUAUUUUAAUUAGAACUGUUAGAAGUAUCAUAGUAAUUAGUUAAAGUUUUGUUGUUUUUAUUUUUAUUAUUAUUGAUUUUGAUUGAAAUGAAUACUUAGGUACAAAAUCAAAAGGUCAAGAUCAAAAUCAAUACAGUUUGUUCAUAAACAGAUCUGCUUGAAUUUUUUAUAUUAAUCACCAAAUAUUAUCAUCAUCGAUGGCAUUACAUCUGUCCUGUGCUAUUUCCCAUUUUCUCCAAUAAUUCCUCUCUGACUGCAACUUUCCACCAUUUUCUAGGCUGUCCCAAUAACCUCCCAUUUCGUCUUUCCCAAAACACGCUGUUUAUAAGGCUAUUGUUGUUGUUGCGUAACGUAUUGUCCAUCUUAAUCUAUUGGCCUUUAUAUUAUCUCACCAAAUUUUCCUUUCCGAAGAGAAAAUAACUCGUUGUGUCUGUGCCUCCAUUCGUUUGUCACGUUAUCUCUGCAAGGACCAUAUUUAUAUUAUUCGAAGGAUUCUACGUUCCCAUACCUGCAAUUUAUUUAAUUAUUUUUUGUCGGCGUCCAUGUUUCCCUUCCAUAUCCAAUUUCUGAUCAUAUUAUGGUUUUGCAUAUUUGGAUUUUUGCACCUCUUGAGAGAAGUUUUGACCUCUUUUGAAUUUUAUAUGACAUAAUAAAAAAAUACAUGUGGGUUGCUUAUAUUUUUUUAUGAAUAACUUAUACUAUCCAUCAUCUAUUACAAAUGAACUUUGUAUUAAAGUUUGGAACAUGGCAAAAAGAGAUAAAAAAAUUU